AUGUUAAGAAGACGACUAUCUUAUUUGUUAUCAGCUUCAAUACGCAAUGCUUCAAUCUGCAAUGCUUCAAUCUACACCAAACCCGACUCAAUACUCUUACCCAUUUCAUCAUCUCAACAAUUCUCAUCGUUACAUUGCGGACAAUGCCCUAAUGCUGGCUCUAUGUUGAAUGGAUUGUUUGGGUCUCAAAGCAUUAGGGCUUAUAGUCUUUUGAGCUUGAAUGAUCUGAGAGAUAAUAAGGGAGCCAGAAAGCAGAAGACUAGGAAGGGUCGUGGAAUUGGGUCAGGGAAAGGCAAGACUGCUGGGAGGGGUCACAAGGGUCAGAAAGCUAGGGGGACUAUGAAGUUUGGGUUUGAAGGCGGUCAGACUCCGCUCCGUCGCCGGUUGCCUAAACGCGGGUUUAAGAACCCCUUUAGCCUAACAUUUCAGCUAAGAUCAAAUUUGCAGAAAGAAACCCAAAAAGAAAGGGAAGAAGAAGGAAAACAACCAGUGGGAUUGGGAAAGAUUGCAAAGCUCAUCAAUGCAGGGAAAAUAGACUCCUCAGAGUUGAUCACAAUGAAAACUCUCAAGGAUGCAGGGGCAAUUGGAAAGCAGAUACGAGAUGGAGUGAGAUUGAUGGGACGUGGGGCUGAACACGUAACAUGGCCCAUUCAUCUUGAGGUUUCGAGAGUAACAGUUAGAGCCAAGGCAGCAGUUGAAGCUGCAGGUGGGUCUGUGAGGAGGGUGUAUUACAACAAAUUAGGCUUUCGGGCACUGCUCAAACCUGAGUGGUUUGAGAAGAAGGGCAGGUUACUCCCAAGAGCAGCAAGGCCCCCACCAAAGCAAAAAGAUAAAGUUGAUAGCAUAGGGCGUUUGCCUGCUCCAACGAAGCCAAUUCCUUUCUCACCUGAAGAGAAAGAGGCAAUGGCUGCUCCACCUGCCUGA